AUGACGCAUUCACUACCUGACCCCAACUUGCCAAUAUUUGAUCCUGAAAUUAAAAGGAUUAUUUCACGAAUAAGGCGAGCUAAGCGUCGGUUAGUCCUCUCUGAGGACGAAUCUGAACCGUCGGUUGAGGAAGAAACCAGCCCCCGUUCUACUGAUUCGGUUGUUUUACGUGCAGAAGACAUGGCAGCUAGGAGAGCUACCAUCCAGGAGGAAGGAGCUCCUGAUUUUACGAUGCAACCGUUUCAAGCGCAUCAUCCAUCAGUAGCUACAGAUUUCGAAAUAAAGACCACACUGCUAAAUUUGAUGCCCAAGUUUCAUGGCUUACCUGCUCAAGAGCCCAUCAAGCACUUGAGAGAUUUCCAGGCAGCUUGUUCUAUUGUCAGGCGUGAUGGUACUGAUGAAACUUCAAUUUUGCUGAAAAGCAAGAGAGUGCUUCAACAAGAAGACAACAUGGUGGCAUCCACUCAUAAUUUCUAUGACCGCCCCAACCAAGGGUACAAUCAAGGUGGAAAUAAUAACCGUGGAUGGCAGGACAAUUCUAACCAGAAUUGGAGGGACAACAAUAACAGAGGAGGCAGAGACAAUCAGGAAAAUCAGAGGUGGAAUAAUAACAACAACAGGCAGCAGAAUCAACCUUACAGAGCACCUCACCUGAGGCAAAACCAAAGACCACAGAAUAAUCAACAGUAG